UAAACCCUGCGUCCAUCCACUCUCCCUCAGCUGCCAACCUCACGCCGUCACGCCAACUACCGAUUGUCUUUUCUUCUCUCUUUCUUCUUUGUUCUUCGAUUCAACCAUGGCUUAAUUGUUGGAAUCAGCUCGAUUUUGGUUUCAAUCCUGCCAAAUCCGACGUAUUUUGGACGGAAAAUCUUGAAUCUCUACCUCGCAGCGGGAAGCGCACCUCCGUCUCCUUCUCGAAAGCGAGGCCUUCUCCACCAAAUAAAACCCAAGUUUGUUUUGUCGGCCGCUCGUAUUCCGUAGGUGGUGUUGUAAUAGCAGGAAUCAUCAUGUCGCUUUUUAAACUUUCAAGGAAUGGAGUUCGGAUGAUGAAAGAGCUCUUCGUAGGGCAGUCUUUACUGGUGGCUAAAGCAAGUUGCAUUCGGGGGCCCUUUUUCCAAUACUGGCGACCUCUGCCACAAGCACAAGUUCAGGUGCUUCAAGGUUUGAAAUGGCAGGGGCAGCGUCUGUAUUCUACCUCAGGUCCUCAGAAUAGCUGUAUUGAAGAGAGUGAGCCAGAAACGAUAUCUGUCACAUUCGUCCUUAAAGAUGGAGAGGAACAGCAAAUUAGUGUUCCCAUUGGAAUGUCUAUGUUAGAAGCUGCUCAUCUAAAUGAUAUAGAACUUGAAGGAGCAUGUGAAGGUUCAUUAGCUUGUUCAACUUGUCAUCUUAUUGUGAUGGAUAUGGGCUACUACAAUAAACUAGAAGAACCAGUGGAUGAGGAGAACGACAUGUUGGAUCUGGCGUUCGGGCUUACAGAAACGUCUCGUCUGGGAUGUCAAGUAAUUGCAAAACCUGAACUUGAUGGAAUUCGUUUAGCCAUUCCUUCAGCUACCAGAAACUUUGCUGUUGAUGGCUAUACUCCAAAACCACACUAAGCAUUUUGCCACAAUGAGAGAGGAUCAAUCAAGGUUUUAACCCAUUAGUUUUGCCUCAUGAGAUAAUUUAUCUCUGCUUUCAUGGUUCAAAGUAUGUUAGAAACUGUUCUGAGAAUUGGUUAAAUUUAUCUUCUAUUCUUUUUGAAAAUGCAUCUGAUAUGUGAUAAUCAAAUUCCAUAAAGAAAAAAGAGACAUUUACAACUUUUAUCAAGCUUUUAAGUUCACUUUA